AUGGGUUUCCGCCUGCCUGUUAUUCUUCUUUCUAAGCAAAUUCUUCGAAGGUUUUCUUAUGCAAACCAGACAGCUUCAGUAGCCAUGGAUGUGCCAAAGGGAUACCUUGCAGUCUACGUUGGAGGAAAGCAAAAGAAGCGAUUUGUGAUUCCGAUAUCAUACUUGAACAAAUCUUCAUUCCAAGAAUUAUUAAUCCAAGCAGAAGAAGAAUUUGGAUAUGAUCAUCCAAUGGGUGGUCUUAUAAUUCCCUGUAGUGAAUACAUAUUCAUUGAUGUCAUUUCUUGCUUAAAUUGUUAA